AUGACAGUCUCACAGCUUUUAAAACAAAGAGUUAGGUAUCUUCCAUACUUGGAAAAAGUUAAACAACCAAAGGACUUAAUCCCACUAUUUAAAAAUGGUCAAUAUUUAGGUUGGUCAGGUUUCACAGGUGUCGGUACACCAAAGGCAGUCCCAGAUGCAUUAAUUGAACAUGUAGAACAAAAUAAUUUACAAGGGAAAUUAAAAUUUAACCUGUUCGUCGGUGCCUCCGCUGGUCCUGAAGAAAAUUUAUGGGCACAACAUGAUAUGAUAUUGAAAAGAGCUCCUCAUCAAGUGGGGAAACCAAUAGCUAAGGCAAUCAAUACGGGGAAAAUUAAAUUCUUCGAUAAACAUCUUUCCAUGUUCCCACAAGAUUUAACUUAUGGUUUCUAUACAAGAGAAAGAACUGAUAAUAAAAUAUUAGAUUAUAUGAUCAUUGAAGCUACUGCAAUUAAAGAAGAUGGUUCUAUUGUCCCUGGCCCUUCUGUAGGUGCAUCUCCAGAAUUCAUCUCCGUUAGUGAUAAAAUCAUUAUAGAAGUAAAUACCGCAACUCCCUCUUUCGAAGGUAUUCAUGAUAUUGACAUGCCAAUAAAUCCACCCUUUAGAGUUCCAUACCCAUACGUUAAAGUGGAUGAUAGAUGUGGAAGAGAUUCCAUCCCCGUGGAUCCUGAAAAAGUAAUCGCUAUAGUGGAAUCCAAAACAAUGGAUCAAGUACCACCAAACACUCCAUCUGAUUUAAUAUCUCAAAAUAUCGCUCAACAUUUAGUCGAUUUCUUUAGAAAUGAAGUGAAACAUGGUAGAUUACCUGAAAAUUUAUUACCUUUACAAAGUGGGAUUGGUAACAUUGCAAACGCAGUCAUUGAAGGUUUAACUGAUGCACAAUUCAAACAUUUAAACGUUUGGACUGAAGUCUUACAAGAUUCAUUCCUAGAUUUAUUCGCUAAUGGUUCAUUAGAUUUCGCCACUGCAACAUCAAUUAGACUAACUGAAGAUGGAUUCAAAAGAGCUUUCGCAGAUUGGGAAAAUUUGAAACAUAAAAUAUGUCUCAGAUCUCAAGUGGUAUCUAAUAAUCCAGAAAUGAUUCGUAGAUUAGGUGUCAUUGCAAUGAAUACCCCUGUAGAAGUAGAUAUUUAUGCUCAUGCAAAUUCAACAAAUGUAAAUGGUUCACGUAUGUUGAAUGGUUUAGGUGGUUCUGCUGAUUUCUUAAGAAAUGCAAAAUUAUCAAUAAUGCAUGCACCUUCUGCUAGACCAACUAAAGUGGACCCAACUGGUAUUUCUUCAAUUGUACCAAUGGCUUCUCAUGUAGAUCAAACUGAACAUGAUUUAGAUAUAUUAGUUACAGAACAAGGAUUGGCAGAUUUAAGAGGUUUGUGUCCAAGAGAUAGAGCUAGGGAAAUUAUUAAACAAUGUGCACAUCCUGAUUAUAAAUCUUUGUUGACGGAUUAUUUGGAAAGAUCUGAACAUUAUGCUGCUAAACAUGGUUCUUUACAUGAACCACACAUGUUGAAAAAUGCUUUCAAAUUUCAUACUAAUUUACAAGAAAAAGGUACAAUGAAAGUAGAGAAUUGGGAUCCAGUUGAUUAA